AUGAAGUAUGAAGAACAUCAUGUGGGGAAUACAAUCUCAAUUUUAUCAGAUUUACCUGGUGUAAAUAUUUUAGAUGCAUUUGCGUUGGAUUACAUGCAUCUUGUUUGCAUAGGAAUUAUGAAAAAAUUAAUUCAAUUAUGGAUGAACAAGGGGCCAUUGAAUGUUCGAUUACCUAGUUCUGAUGUAAAAAUAAUAUCAAACCAACUGGUAUCAUUUAAAAAGAGUGUCCCUUGUGAUUUUUCCCGGAAACCCAGGGCCUUAAAUGAAUAA